AAUAACAAUCAAAAUGCAACAAGGGACAUCACUCUGCCAAGAAAUAGAAAAAAGAAUAAAAACUGAUAAAUAGAUUUGUAAGUCAUAGAAGUGUUAAAAGUGUUUAUGUUGCUGAUGUAAACUGUAAAACAGACAAAAUUAUGAUUAAAUAAGUGCAAUUAUUUCAAAAGUUGAGAAAUAUACUGUAUAAGACACAGAUCUAGGUGUGAAAAAGUAAAGAGAAAAAAAAGAAAAGAAAAAGUUUUGAUAAAAUGGAUUCAGGAAUUGAAACAUCUCCAAUACCCUCCUUUGAACCAAAAGGUCAGAAUGAUUUGGGAGUGAACAGUGCGAAUCCUGCAGAAAAUAAGCUUAAAGGCACUGAUGCAGAUAAUUCAGUCCUGGUUUCAGUGUAUGACAGCAACUCGGAAACAGAUUAUGACAUUGGGAAUGGGGACAAGCAGUUCCUUAUUCCAAACCCUGAGCAAAAUACUGGUAUCUCAUAUGACUGUCCAGUACCUGUCAGUCAGUAUGGAUCUAUUCAGGCGGGAGAAGACAGAGAGUCAACAAGUUCUGUCAAUACAACUACAGACUCAAAUCAUGAGAAUUUGAGCCUUUUACAAGCUCAAGUUUUUCUUGAAGAUGCUGCAAUGUAUCGUUCUAUAGAUCAUAAAGUGGACUUCAAAUCACUGAAGAUAUACCAGUUUUACCACUCAAAACCAUGCUCUUGGUUUAGAAAUUUUGUGAUUCUUUUCCUACAUAUGUUGGCAUUUUUUGAGUUUCCUUCCUCUCUGAGUUGGACAUCAGAUAUACGUACACGAGAAGAUAGAGUACAAUUUCCAUGUGGAGUAACUGAGACAUUAGAAUUACUUUGUCUACUACUUUUGAUAGCAGAUAUUGCUUUGAAGGGUCGUAUCUAUGGAAUUCAUCAUCUACGUACCAACAAAUGGUUGGUUGUUUCUGGAGUUGUUUUGGCUAUUUCUCUGAUUGAUUGGUCAGUGUCAUUAUCUAUAGGCUGUAAAGAGGUUGUAAGAGUUAGACGCAUGCUGAGACCAAUAUUUAUAAUACAAAACUCAUCUCUUAUGAAGAAAAUUCUCAAGUCACUGAGCAAAACUUUGUCACAAAUAUUAGGUGUGCUGUUACUGAUGGCAUUACAUCUCUAUAUAUUUACAUUAUUUGGAAUGCUGUUAUUCCCGAAGCAAGGAUCAACAGCUGCUUCUACUAUAGUAGAUGGCCUUGACAUUGAAGGUGACCUUGCCAAUAGUACAUCAAACAGCACACAGGGUAAUUCCGAGUCAGAUUAUUUUAGAACAUUAACAGAUUCCUUCAUGAGUUUAUUGGUGCUACUUACAACUGCUAACAAUCCAGAUGUAACAUUACCUGCUUAUAGAAGAAACAGAUUAUAUGCCCUCUUCUUUAUUGUGUUCUUGAUAAUUGGUCUGUAUUGUUUUAUGAACAUGUUGACUGCUAUCAUUUAUAAUCAGUUUAGAGGAUAUUUCCUGGUAAGUUAUACUCUCAACUCAUAUAUAAGUGUUUGUUUGUUUGUUUGUUUGUUUCAUUUUACGCCUUUUCCCAACAGUAUUUCAGUCAGUUCUGUGAUUGCCAUUCUAUUGCCAGAGUUUUAUGAUUACCAUUUAAUUGUUGGUGUUAUAUUUCUGGUUUUUGUACUGUAUAUAGUAAAUUAUUAUCUGUUCUAUAUCAUUAGCAAUGGUGUUACAGUGAGGGAUCUGAAACUUGUUGUAUCCAGAGCUAAAAUAUCGCAGGAAAUGAAAGUUAUACUUGUUGAUACAAUUGCUCAAGGUUUUACACAAGACCAGAUGUUAUCUUGGAACAAUUUUGUCUCUGUCCUCCGUAUGAUGGAAAUGGAAAAACUCCACAGGGAGAAACCAAGCAUAAGAUGGUUCCAGCAUCACAGACAUCUUGUUGCCUUGCAGAAAAUAAUCUGUCAUAAAUACUUCAGUUACUAUGGAAACUUUAUGGCACUAAUCAAUGUAAUUCUCAUAUCUUUUGAGUUGGCCACACAGUAUGACAAGUCUCUUAACUCCAGUCAAUCAACUUUAAGAAUAAUAAACUUUCUGUUUAUCAUAUACUAUGUGGUAGAACAGAGUUUGAUUAUAUUGUGUAUGGGCUGGAGAAGAUAUCGGUAUAGCUGGGCAAACUUAUAUGAUGGUUCUAUUGUUGUCAUCCUUCUUCUUUCUGAACUGAUCACAGUUUCCUUGUAUGGAUUUCCUUUCUUCAGUAAUAAAGAAACACAUGGAAAUUUUGCACUGUGGAAUAUUGUCAGAGUGAUAAAUAUUCUCAUCAUGUUUAGAUUGCUACGCAUUAUAUGGCAUAUAAAGACUAUGGCAAUUGUUGCACACACUUUGCUAGAUCUCGUUAAGAAUCUUAAAUCUUUUGGAGGAAUUUUAAUUGUGAUAUAUUAUUUCUAUGCUAUGCUUGGUAUGGAGCUAUUUCAAGAUAAAAUAACAUAUCCCACACAAAAAGGCAAUGUCAGUGAAAGUAAAUGUGGCACAUAUGAGCAGCUGGAAUACUGGGCCAAUAAUUUUGAUGAUUUUUCAGCAGCCAUUGUAGUACUGUGGGAUGUAAUGGUUGUAAACAAUUGGUUUGUUUUCCUAGAUGCCUAUGCUAAAUACACCACAAAAUGGUCAUAUCUGUAUUUUAUUGUAUGGUGGCUAACAUCAGUUGUGAUAGUGCUUAAUUUGUUUACAGCUCUUAUUCUAGAGAAUUUCAUAAUGAAGUGGGAUAAGUUUUAUACACCAGCACAGUCUGUACAGAGAAGACGAACUUGGUCUAAUUCUUUAAAUAUGAAUACUCUAACAGUCCAUGAUAUAUUCAAGUCCAAUCUCAAAGAACCAACAGAGGAUGAAAUAUUACAGAACAUGUCCAAGUUGAAUUAUUUUAAUGUGCAAACAUAGACAAAUUAGACAUUUCUUUGUAAGUGGCAUACUAGGGAAAUUGUUAUCUUUUAUAAGUUGGAUUAUUUCAUCAUUCAUCAUCAUAUAUUUUUAAGUGCUAUAUAGAACUCCACAUUUAAUCUGUGUUAAAGAUAUAUCAUGCUCAAAUUUGAUAUUUGAAAAUAUUGAUAAUUGCUAUACAGAUGUAAAAUAAACAUCUUUUGAGUACAAACAGAGAAGAUACGUUUUAAAAUUUUCACACUAAAGGUAAACAUCAUAUAAAUACAUACUAGUUACAUUAAAAAAAAACUGGCAGUUUUUUAAGAAAGGAUCAAAUUAACUUGACCAGUAAUGUGAAAUUCAGCUUCCCAAACAUAGUUUAUUCAUUCUCUUAUUCACAGUAGACAUAUUCACUAGGAUUUCCUAGAUUUUCGAUAAGAAAAUUCUGCAAUAAAAAUAUUUUACCCAAAGAUGAGCAUAGUAUGUCUUUAAUUUAUAACAUGUAUCAUAUCACAUCUGUGCCAAAUGUAUAAAACUGGACAUUACAUUACAUCACUAUUCUGAUAAUAUACAUUUAAGAAUGAAGUCUGUACCAGACUGUUAACAUGGGUGCUAUAGUGUACAAUUCUAAUAUAAUGGUACAAAUGUAUGGAAUAUUGUAUUUAAAUAUUUAAUCUUGUGUAAGAUAAGCUAAGCAUACUUGUAUGUAUAAUGGCAAGAAAGAUGUCACAGAUGUCACUCUAUGUUUUUAGUAUUAUACAAUUAUAUAUGUGUCAUUAUAUAACCAAUACUAUGCUUGGCAUUAUUUCAGCUUACAAUAUUUACCUAGACAAGUUUACCAGAUUUAGUAUGUGAAUACAGUGAUGCAACAUUUUAUGGUUUUUAACCAUUUUGAAAUUUGAUAAAUUACAUGAAGAAAAAAGUAAAAAAUUGUCUUUAACGCCCUCCAGUUUUUCAUUUCUUUAACUUUUUUCAAUAAAACAUGUAUUUGCAUAAGAUGGUCAAUGUUUGAUAACAGUGUCUGUGCUACUUAAAAACACAAAAUUUAAAUAGUAAGAGUAAUAAAUAUGCUAAAAGUAUAGAGGUAGGCCCGUCUGUACAUUUAGUUUUAAGACAACUACAUUUUGAUAAUAUUCAUGUAAUAUUAAUGACAGAUUUUAAUAUUUAUUAAUGAAAUCCCUAAAUUUAGCAAUGGGUGGCUAAAAACUAAAAGCAAAUUUAGCUGGGUUAAGGUUAUUGUAGGAAAAUAAAAUAAAUUCUAUCUUGUAAUGUAGUUUUUCUGAUUGUAUAUUAAAUAAAUUUUGUACUUUUGUUGUUUUAAAUAUUUUUAUUUCUGUUAUGUGCCAAAUUGUUAAAUACCGCCAGAUCAAUGUUUUCACAUACAUGUAAUUCCACAAACUUAGUAUUUUUUGAUUGGUUAAGGCUAAGCUUAAAUAGUCCAUGACCAUUAAGAUAUUUAGAUUUUUUUUUCAUUUCUACGGAAUGAUUUGCUUGACAUUAAGAAACUUCCUCUGUACAGUUAUUAUGGCAAAGUUGACAUUUAGAAGAAAAGUUUUGUACAAUAUUGUGAACAUGCAGAUUUUAAACUUACAUCUAUUUAUAUAUUUUUACAUGUAUUUUUUUGUGCAAUUUCCUGUCUUAUUAGGCCUAAAAUAAAAAAAUUUUGUUUCCCUUCCGGCUAUGUACCCACAAAAAUCACUCUUAUCUCAAUUUUUUUUUUUAUUUUAUUGCCAAACAUAACAAAAGAAUGUAAUUUUUUUAUAACACAUUGAAGCAGAGUCUGUCAAUGAGAAUACCAUCAUUGUAUUUGUAAAUUCUAUUUGGUUCUAAAUUUGCACAGAUGCUAAGCAUUUACAAUUUCAUUGUUUUUUUGUUUUUGUUUUUUUAAUCCAUAUAAUUUCGAUAUAGAUUAUAAUGUUCUAUAUUAAAAAAAAGAUGUCUUAGAAAAAAGAUAUAUUACCUAUCCUAUCCAAAUUAGCAUGUGCCGCAGGAUGGGAAACAAAGAUAUUUAUUAAGGCUGGUCUUAGGCUUUUAAUAAAGACAAUUUAAACAUUAUAAUACUCAUAA